AUCUACAUAGAAUCAAUUAGUAGAUUGAAAUAGUAGUCUAAUUCAACUGCUUUUUUCACUGCAUCCACGGAGGGUGAGAAAAAUAAUAUGCGAAUAGAAUAUAGUAAAAGAAAAAAAGUAAAAGGAAAAAACCUACGAAUCUUUCAUGCUUAAAAAUGGCGCGAGAUGCUUCAAUCGAGAUCCUCCAAAAAAAGAACAUAAAAAAUUUUCUAAGAAUAAGAAAAUAGUAUAACUGGAAAAUGUGCGAUAUGUUGUGAAUAGCUUCGUGUAAGAAAAGAAAGUUUCAUUUUCUUAUGUAUAGAACUUUCUUUUUAUUCGCCACUUCUAGUAGAAUAGAAAUUUUGAAUUACUAUAAUCGCCCUUUCUAUUCUAUUAUACUGGAAUAGAACAUAGUAGAAUAGAACGACUCUUUCUUACUUUCUUAAAAGAGUUUCUUACAAGAGUAAAACAAAACUAAAGAAAGAGAGAGAAAAAAGUUUGCCAAACUUAUUAAUGCAAAACGAUCAAUCAAAGAAAAGAGUUGAUACUACAAUUCGACUACUCAAUCAAUUGGUAGUAUCCCUAGAGUCCACUCCUCCCCCAUACUACUAGCGAAAGAGAAAAUGUAAAGACUACCAUUAAAGCAGCCCAAGCGACACUUACUAUAUCCAUGCAAAUUAUGUCUCCUAUUUCUAUGAAGGAAUUCUUCUACUAUUGAUAAAUAAUCAUAGUGGAAUCAAGGGUACAGAGUCAAAAAGCCAUUCUAUUCUGCCCUAAGACUAUGGAUUAAUCCGUUAAAGGAAUUUACUCCUAACAAAUUCUUAUAUGAUUUCUGGUAGAAUUGGAGAGCAUUAAGUACAAAUAUGAUACAUAGCCCUUUCCCUAAAAAAGAGUAGGGGGGUGUCCUGAAUAGAAGACGCGGGAAUAGAGAGAUUUUUUCAUCCAUUUGUUCCCCUUUUAUAAGCAAAGUGCAUAAGAAUAUACCAUAAAAUUAGGAUAGAUAAAUAUUUAUUGGAUACCUACCUUACCCAUAUUUAUUUUUUACCUAAACCCUACUGCUCCACUUUCUAUCUUUGUAUGAAAGAGUGAGGAGGCCCUAUCCACAACCCCGAAAUUGUUUUUUUGAUCAGCCUAUUCAAUCUAAUUCUCGACAGAAUCAGUAGCCUUUACUUUAAUGUAUGUGGGUAGCAUAAGAUGUAUGAAGUGUAUGUAGUAAGAUGUACCAUAAAAAAAUGUAUGAUAAUUAGGAAGUCUUGAUAUUUCUUCGCGAAGUCCCUUCUUCAAUCUUAGAUUGAAAAAAGACUGCUCCUUAGGAACCUUUGGAUACGAAGAUUUCUGACAUCUUAGUCUCGUAGUUUUAAAUUCCCAAAUCGAAUCAAUUUAAAUUAAUAAAAGAAUAAGGAAACCCUAACUCAUCCCUAUUGGUAGCCGUUUGGGCCACUGCCGACAAAACAAAACCUAGUUUGAGGAUAGAACUAUGGUAUGGAUUCUAAAAAUCCAGUAUCGCCAGACCUAGUUACUCUCGUGCCCCAACUUAUAGAGGUAGGAAUUUGUAGGGUUUGAUCAGUACUAUAAUCCUAAGUAUUUUAUUGAUCAGGCGGCACCCAGAUUUGAACAGGGGGUAAAGGAUUUGCAGUCCCCUGCCUUACCACUUGGUCAUGUCGCCAAAAAAUCCGAUCUAAAAUCGAGAAAAGAACAAGUAUUCAUCCACAUUUUUUUACUAAAACCCCUUUCCUUUCUAUUAUAUUGAAAUGACAAAGGAGAAAAAGUGGAUUUCCAGUCAAAGGCUGCAAAAUUCAGAACAAAUUAGAACCAUUAACUAUAAUUUUAAUUCUCUUUUUUUGAAUUGUAGUAGUGAACGACUCUUAAAUCGGUAUUCUCCCCCCCCCCUCCAUUAUUUUUAAUGGUAUAAGAAAAUUGAGUAAAUGUUUCCCUAAUCUGUAUAUAGGGAAACUCCAGGUCCAAACAGCAUUAUUAUGUAUGGAUCCCCUUAUGUACAUAUCCCUAUGGAGAAUCGUUCUUUCAUUUUUCAUAAAUAUUUUGAAUAAAAAAGAGAGGGAAUUUGCUCUGAUAUAGAUUAGGGCUCGGCCUUCUUGGACCACCUAAGUGCAAUUACGAUAAAAGAAAGGAUAUGUAGAUAGAUGGAUAACUAGAUUGGCAAGUACUUAAAAAAUAAAGUAAAUACUUUAUUUUAGGAUUCUACAACGAAAUCCUUUAUUUCCCAGUAAUUCUCUACUACUACGAAACAAAAAAGAGCCUUCAAAUUCUUUUUGAAAAUGAAACUAAGCGUGCUAUUCUAAAUGGAACUAAAGUCAAGCUUUCUAGUGCUUAUAAAUUAUUAUGGCUUUAUCCCUUUCAUAGAAAGGAGAUAAAAUGAGAAAUCUUUGCUACCCAAUCUUUUUAGAAUAUCAUAAAGUUUAAGUGGCAGAAUUUUUUUCUAGGACUGUUUUAUCAAUUCAUUUUUAUUCCAUUUCUACCCCUGCUAAAUUCUAAUUUUCGUCGAAAUCAUCUCUAUUCAUAUGUAUGAAAUACAUAUAUGAAAUACAUAUGUGGAGUUCCCUAGAAUUUCAUGUGAUUCAGUAAACAGAAUAUAGAUUCCAUGAUUGCUAGAUUGAUCCGUAGGGAUUGAUGAAGAGUGAGCUGAUAAGGGAAUUUUUCUUCGAUAAAUAGGAAACUUAAGAUUAAAAUGCUCCGGAAUGGAAAUGAGGGAAUGUCCACAAUACCCGGAUUUAGUCAGAUCCAAUUCGAGGGAUUUUGUAGAUUCAUUAAUCAAGGCUUGGCAGAAGAACUUGAGAAGUUUCCAACAAUUAAAGAUCCAGAUCACGAAAUUGCAUUUCAAUUAUUUGCGAAAGGAUAUCAAUUGCUAGAACCCUCGAUAAAAGAAAGGGAUGCUGUGUAUGAAUCACUCACCUAUUCUUCCGAAUUAUAUGUAUCUGCAAGAUUAAUUUUUGGGUUCGAUGUGCAAAAGCAAACCAUUUCUAUUGGAAACAUUCCUAUAAUGAAUUCCUUAGGAACCUUUAUAAUAAAUGGAAUAUACCGAAUUGUGAUCAAUCAAAUAUUGCUAAGUCCAAGUAUUUAUUACCGCUCGGAAUUAGACCAUAAGGGAAUUUCCAUAUACACCGGGACUAUAAUAUCAGAUUGGGGAGGAAGGUCAGAAUUAGCAAUUGAUAAAAAAGAAAGGAUAUGGGCUCGUGUGAGUAGAAAACAAAAGAUAUCCAUUUUAGUUCUAUCAUCAGCUAUGGGUUUAAAUCUAAGAGAAAUUUUAGAUAAUGUUUCCUACCCCGAAAUUUUCUUGUCUUUCCCGAAUGCUAAGGAGAAGAAGAAGAUUGAGUCAAAAGAAAAAGCUAUUUUGGAGUUUUAUCAACAAUUUGCUUGUGUAGGUGGGGACCUGGUAUUUUCGGAGUCCUUAUGCGAGGAAUUACAAAAGAAUUUUUUUCAACAAAAAUGUGAAUUAGGAAGAGUUGGUCGACGAAAUAUGAAUCGGAGACUGAAUCUUGAUAUCCCUCAGAACAAUACAUUCUUGGUACCACGAGAUGUAUUGGCCGCUACGGAUCAGUUGAUUGGAAUGAAAUUUGGAAUGGGUAUACUUGACGAUGAUGAUAUGAAUUACUUGAAAAAUAAACGUAUUCGUUCGUAUGCGGAUCUGUUACAAGAUCAAUUCGGACAGGCUCUUGGCCGUUUACAACAUGCGGUUCAAAAAACUAUCCGUAGAGUAUCCACAAACUUUGGUAACUCCAACUUCAACUUCGAUUUUAUUAAUAACUACUUAUGAGACCUUUUUUGGCACAUAUCCCUUAUCUCAAGUUUUUGAUCAAACCAAUCCAUUGACACAAACAGUUCAUGGGCGAAAAGUGAGUUGUUUGGGUCCUGGAGGAUUGACGGGGAGAACUGCAAGUUUUCGGAGCCGAGAUAUUCAUCCGAGUCACUAUGGGCGUAUUUGUCCAAUUGACACGUCCGAAGGAAUCAAUGUUGGACUUAACGGAUCAUUAGCUAUUCAUGCGAGAAUUGAUCACUGGUGGGGAUCUAUAGAGAGCCCGUUUUAUGAAAUAUCUGAGAAGGCAAAAGAAAAAAAAGAGAGACAGGUGGUUUAUUUAUCACCAAAUAGAGAUGAAUAUUAUAUGAUAGCAGCAAGAAAUUCUUUGUCCUUGAAUCAGGGUAUUCAGGAAGAACAGGUUGUUCCAGCUAGAUACCGUCAAGAAUUACUGACUAUUGCAUGGGAACAGAUUCAUGUUAGAAGUAUUUUCCCUUUCCAAUAUUUUUCUAUUGGGGGUUCUCUCAUUCCUUUUAUUGAGCAUAAUGAUGCGAAUCGGGCUUUAAUGAGUUCUAAUAUGCAACGCCAAGCAGUUCCACUUUCUCGGUCUGAGAAGUACAUUGUUGGAACUGGAUUGGAACGCCAAAUAGCUCUAGAUUCGAGGGUUUCCGUUAUAGCCGAACGCGAGGAAAAGAUCAUUUCUAGUGAUAGUCAUAAGAUCCUUUUAUCAAGUAGUUGGAAAACCAUAAGUAUUCCUUUAGUUGCCCAUCGGCGCUCUAACAAAAAUACUUGUUUGCACCAAAAACCUCGGGUGCCGCAGGGUAAAUCCAUUAAAAAGGGCAAAUUUUAGCGGAGGGAGCAGCUACAGUUGGUGGGGAACUUGCUUUAGGAAAAAACAUUUUAGUAGCUUAUAUGCCCUGGGAGGGUUACAAUUUUGAAGACGCAGUACUAAUUAACGAACGUUUGGUAUAUGAGGAUAUUUAUACUUCUUUUCACAUC